CGUAACUUUACGUAAAGCGCAGAGCGCCAAGCGCGCGUACCGCUGCGCUUCUCUCGCUGUCGCUGGUCGGAAGGCAGCAGUCUUACCAAUCAAUAGUGUGCGCAUCGAUUGCGCUCACCUCACAGCGCAUCUAUUGCCUCUUUAAAACAAGGGCCACUCAGAGCGCCUCACACAGCAACUGCAGGAGCGUUGGCGCGCGAAUCGCUGCAUCUGAACUAUAUAUCAGACGCGCGACCGCAUUUUGCACCAAGACUGUCACGGGCUAACUGAGCGAAUCAUGGCGCAAGAGGCCAAGCGCGACGAGCCGCCGCCCCCGCCGAGCUACGACCUGGAGUCCAACAUGUCCAGCAUGAGCGACUCGAACAUCGGGUUCCGACCGGUGGCGCGCCAGCGCUCGGAGUCCCAGCUGCCGCCGCACUGGUCCCGCCGCGCAACGCCGCCGCAGACGCGGCCGAUCGAAAAAGUACGAUCAACGACGAUGCGCUUCCUCGACAAUUUCACGCGCAGUUCCAGCACGCUGGACCCGGACUGUACGCGGACGGCAAGCGUAAAGGACAAACAGAUCAUGCGGUGCAAGGACAAGCAGAACCGGCUUGUGGACCGCCUCGACGCCUUCGCGCAGUCGCGCGGCAAGAUCCGCAUCGUGCGGCAGCACGUGUCGAACCGGCUUGCGUACCGCGACGUGUUCCAUUCGAUUGUGGAAGCCCCUCUGCGCAAGAUCAUCCCCGGACUUACAUUACUGUACCUCGUCAACUGCAUAUUCUUCGCGCUGCUCUGGUGGGCGGCGAGCAAGAAUUGCGACGUCGGCAUCCGGAACUUUAACAACGCGUUCAUCUUCUCUACGUUCACCAUAAUGACGAUCGGCUACGGGACGCGCGACGUGUUCUUCGACAACUGCUGGGAGGCCUCGGUCUUGAUCUUCCUGGAGUCCAUCGUCUCGAUCCUCCUCGAUUGUAUUAGUCUGGGCAUCGUCUACAGCCACAUUUCCUCUGGGCGGCGGCGCGCGACGUCAAUUCUGUUCUCGGACCGCGCGGUCAUCCACCGCGUCCACGGCGAGCUCUUCCUUGCCUUUCAAGUGGUAGAACAAAAAAAACAUCCAUUGGUGGAAGCCCAUGUGCGGUGCUACGCCGUGCGCGACGAGACGGACGCCUGGGGUAGACGGGUCGAGUUCCAGCCCUGCGCCAUGCGCCUCGAGAAGCCGGACGACGAGAUGGGCGCGAUGCUCUUCCUGUCGCUGCCGUCGCUCGUCGUGCACCGGUUGGAUGCGUGGUCUCCACUGGUCCCCCCGGAUUGGUGGGUCGAGGCCUACUACCGCCGUAAACGAGGGGACGCGCCGCGCAAGACGUCGGUCGUCGACGACGCGGCCUCGUUCGCGGACUUCGCCGAGUACGCGUAUCGGUACCCGGCGCCGCUGCGGCGCGCGUCCGACGCGGAGGCGGGGUAUAGGACGUCGCGGCGGUGCAAGAUCUGUGGGCAAGGUUUUGAAACGAUUCGGGACCUGCGGCUCCACCACGCCGACGAGCAUCCGAACGAGCCGCUCGACUGCCCGAAGCCGUCGACGCAUGACCCUGAGGUGAUCAAGGUCGUCGUGCGGCGUCGUACAUACUAUUGGGGACCGCCUCGACGCCGUCGACGCGUGCCGCCAUCGCAGGCCUACAUGUCCGAGUCGCGCGUCGAGAUCAUCUGCUUGGUGGAGGGCGAGGACUCGAUCAUGUCGACGUGCGUCCGCGGGCUCCACUCGUACCAGGCGCCUCCCUUAAACGCCUGGGACGACUUCGCGCAGAGCGACAUCGCCUGGGACGCUGCCUUCGCGCCGUGCGUCACGAGGCUUCCCAAUGGAAGCUGUCAAGUGGACUUCGACGCCUUGCACGAUCUGGUGGAUGUGCGGGACGCGCACCCGCCGCCUCCGGUGUCGCAGUCGUGAACUGCGACACUGAGGGCCUGGGGCUGUGCUUUAAUUGAAUUAUCUAUAACAUGACCCGUCGAUUAACAUAUCCCGUCGGCGGGAUAUGUUAUCUACUA